ACUAUCAUGGCUGCCUCCAAAGCCUUGAAGCGCUCUGCUGAAGAGACAGCAACAACCAGCAAAGGCCAGUCCGGACCACCAAAGAAGAAGCAGUGCCGCAAACGUACAUGUCUCGUGUGCGACACCAAGAAGCACUACACUCAGUUCCCAAGCCAGACGAAGGUCUCCUCACAUGAUCACGGUGCCAAUGUCUGCCGCCUCUGCUACUUCAGCCACCUAGAGGUCGAGAUCGAUUCCAAGAACUGGGACGAAGUCGCAUGCCCAGAAUGCCCAACCAAGUUGACUUACCAAGAAGUCGAGAGCAUGACCAAUGCUGAGAACUUUGCCAAAGCUACUCUUGCUGCAGACCCUGACUUCAGAUUCUGCUUCUCUUCGGCCUGUGAGUCGGGUCAGCUGCAUCCUGGUGGUACCAGUGAGCCUAUCUUCUCCUGUCAGGUGUGCAGACACAAGCACUGCGUCGUCUGUGAGACAAACUGGCACGAAGAUCAGACCUGUGAGGAGUUCCAAGCCGAACUUCACCGCAACACCGAGAACGACGAAAAGUCAGAGAAGGAAGUCGAAAAGAUCUCGAAGCCAUGCCCCGAAUGUCGCGUUCCCAUUCAGAAGAACAAGGGCUGUGACCACAUGACUUGUCAAUGCCGCCAUCAAUUCUGCUGGAUUUGCUCUGCAUCAUACAGCGACAUUGCCGGGGAGGGCAAUCACCGUCAUGAGAAGAGUUGCACUCAUUAUCGUGCAGCUCCAAGUGCAGAGGCACUUGAGGCUCAAAGACGCAGAACCGAAGAGGCACGCGAAGCUCAAAGACGCAGAACCGAAGCGGCACUUGAAGUUCAAAGACGCAGAAACGAAGAAGCAAGACAAAGAAGAGAGGAAUCUGAUCGCAGAACCCGCGAGCUGCAGGAGCAAACACGCCGACAACUCCAAGCAGAUCAGCAAGCUAUUCGUAGGCCUUCUAUUGUCUCACUCGCUGCGACUCCAGCUCCCACUUCAGGCCUAGCUCCAACUUCAGUCCACAUUGAGGGCGCCAGAGACACCAAUCUCAGCGAGCAUGUACUUGCUCGACUGGCUCAUCGUGCCCCUACCACUGCUGCAGCUCCUCAACCGACACAAAAUGAGGAAGGAGACAGAAGAACUGCACCGACUCCCACCCCACCCUGA